AAUUGCGCAUGAGGAAUGUUCCAUAAUAGAUUCUAAUUGGGAACUUGUAGAUAAUUCUACUUCUACAAUAUUUUGCCCCUUAAAUUUGCGUAAAACAGUAAUUGAACUUAUAGAAGAUCAUUCAAGCCAACACAUGUUAUUACCAAAAUCUGAUG